AUGAACGAUGAAGUCCGAAUGGUUUUAGCGGGUUACGAAACGGAAAAUAUCCGCUUCACUUACGGAUCCGAUACUGACGCGCCAGUGGGAAUAAAAGUGAAUCCUUCGUUAGAUCCGUUCAUGAGGUCAGCGGUGGAGAGAUUCAAGAAAAGUUUCAUUGACAUCUGGCACGUUCGAGUUUACGGAUAUGCUCUAAAGCAUGAUUAUUCGUUCUCUCUUACAACGAGGGCUGUAGCUGAGGAAAUAAUGAAGCGAUUGAACAAGCUUGUAUCUCCCAUCAUUGAAGCUGAAGCAUAUGACUUGGCUGAUUUUGGUUUGAAUACGCUUAGUCGCAGUGUUGCUACUGUGCAGUCGUCUAUUAAAGUGUACGCUAAUGUGGUUGCUGCAUUGAAAAAGGACUGCUUGAUCGGAGGUCAGGUACUGACACUGUUGUACAACAUGCGAAUGAGGGCUGUAGUGGAGAAAGAAAUACAAGAUCUUCAGGAGAUAUUCGAGGUGGCUUGGAAAAUGUUUGCAAAGAGAGUUGGCGCUUGGGUAGAACAAGGAUGGCUGCACGAUUCAGAAUUAGAGUUCAUAAUUUGGCCUACCUCUUCAUUGUCACCGUCAAUCACUCGAAAAAUCCUCACCGACGCAACCGUGAAACUGGAUUCAAGUGACUAUGUGCUUAUACAAGAUCUUUGUCCAACGUUUCUUCUUGAUUUGUUACCUUCUAUCGCCAAGUGUGGCGAUUAUAACAACAUGAUGGACAAAGCUCAUAUGAGUGAAGCAGCAGAUAUCGAUAUUUUGAUGACGACGUGCAAGAAGGAGUCUAUUCUGAACCGACCCAUGGAAGAGGUUUCGAAGCAACAACUUCGGCGAGUCUCAGAGUCGUUCACAAAAGGUCUAGCCAGAAAGUUCCCUUUUGUAACGAAUUUUAAGCUAUCUUCAUCCGACAAAUGUGUAUUUGAGGAUUUGCGAAGUUCUGGUCUUGUAAAUGAUGCACCUGCAGAGCCCCUUGAGCAAGAGACAGAGAUCCUCUUUGUCGACCUGUUGUCGUUAACAUACAGUCCGCCAUCGAAAAUAGAGAAACUUAUACCAACUCAUGUUGUGAAGAUGUACACACUNGUAGCUCUGCUACUUAAUACUGCCAUUAUAUACCUGUCAGAAGCGAUUUUUGAAGUUGGCCUUCUAAGAAAUCCAGAUAAUAUUGGAAGAGCCUAUAUUCUAUCAGCUCUGUAUCGUAAUGUCAUUGAUCUUACUGUCAGUUUGACGAAUGCUGUAUCUCGGGCUGUGACAAACUUCACCAGCGAAAUGUCAAAAGCUGAGAGCAUAGAUUGUGCCCUUAAACUGCAAAAGGACGUCGUCUUCCAGAUAUUCGCAGAAAGUGGAUUGAAUCAGUGGCGAAAAGUAUCCUACUUAAAACGCCUCAUGGAUUUGGUCAUACGGCUGGGAGUGACGGGCUUACUGAAGUCGGCGACGCUUGCUGAAGAUUACUAUGUCAUAUUGGAAGCUGUGGAAUCGAUGCAGCUUGUUGAGUAG